CCACAAAACAUUGGAAUUUGAUUUAGCGUUGUUUUAAAAUUAUAAAUAUCUCUUAGAUCUAAAAAUCAAAUGUGUGAGGCUGUGUUUUGUGCCUCCAGAUCUACGAAAGGAGGCCUAAAAGCUCCUGAAUUGUCUUUUCAUAGGUUUCCUACAUGUCCUGAAGUUAGAAAUGCUUGGCUCAGGGCAAUAAGAAGAGAAAACUGGGAGCCAAAAAUCCAUGCCCGACUAUGCUCCAAGCAUUUUGAGCCAUCCUGUUAUGUAUCUGGUUUAAAAAUAAAAAGGCUAAAAUCGGACGCAGUACCGACCAUAUUCGAAGAUUAUCCGAAAUAUUAUCAACCAGUUGUGAAAAAAAGAAAACUAAAUCGAGCGCAGGCAUCAUGUAAUGUCAAACCUGAAAUGAGUCAAACCUUUGAAGAGGUAGAGCCAAGUAGAAACAGAGAACUAACUGUUAUAGAAGAUGGGAGGACGCUGGCAGAUAAAAGACUUUUAGAAACUAUGGAGAAAGUUCAAGCCACAUCUGAUCGGAGAUUAAAAAAAAUUAAAAUAUUAAGAGAAAGUAGAAGAAGAGCAUUGAAAAAAAUUGCUUCUCUUAAAAAUAUAAUCAAGGAUUUAAAAAACACAUGUACACUUGCACAAGCACACACACACAUUCGUACAUACAAAAUCUUUGUUAAGGAUUCAGUACCUACAUAAGAAAAUAUUAUGUUAAAACUUUAAAAGAUUAUUCAUACUAGCGAGUGCUCGUAGCUUUUGACAAAAUUAUUAAAUUUUUAAGUUUA